AUGAAUUUCAUAGACAUUCUCGAAGCAAAUGAAUCGUUUUAUUCUCUCCCUGAGGUCUCAAAGAAGAGGUUUGACGCAAGUUUCAGGCCAGGAAACGAGUCUCAUUCAAUUCGCAAGGUCAUAAUUAAGUGUUCUAUGGCUUUGUUGAAGGAAGAUGGUAUUGAGGAGGUUGUAACAAGGGGCUGGCAGCAUGGUGACAAUAGUGAAGUUACGUCUCGAAUUGAAUCAUGCGUGAAUGACCUUGCUAGAUGGGAUCGUCGUAUUCGCAAGAAACAUAAGGAAGAUACGGCUGGAUAUCUAGCUACUAUGGAAGCAUACCAUAGUUGUAAGAACGAGGAAUCUACAACCCGGUUCUUGGAGGCUCAACGGGAAUAUAACAAAGGUGUGCUUCAUGAAGAAUUUUUUUGGAAAAAGCAUACGAAAAUGCACUGGCUUCGAUGCAUAAAGUUCUUCCACUGUUUAAAUAUUGUUCCCAAGAGUUUACAUAAAAUUGACAUGCUUCUAGAUGAAAGAGGUGGCGAGGUUCGUGAGUAA